AGGUCUCCUAAAAAAAUGGCAGCGGAAAGGGCAGCGGUAUGCGAGAUCCCCGGCAGAAUUCUUCAUAAUUGACACUUGUCCUGGUAAAAACAAGAUGUGUGUAUCAGCCAGCAGGAACUACUGUCAGUGAAAAAUAGACGGAGCUCACACAUCCGAAGUCUCUCAGAGACAUGAAUGGACAAAAUCAUGCCCAACAGAAGUUUUGAAGAUCACUUGGGUGGAAAUAGCCACUUAUCUUCUCUAAUCAUUGAAGAGAUAUUGGAAAACAUCAUCUCAAGCUCUUUGUCUGUAUCUUCUACCAAACCAGUGGUCUUUGAUACUGCUGAUGACUUCACGGACCAUUCCGUCCCAGGAUGCGAUAAAGAUACAAGUGUGACUGUAAAGAAAAUGGAAUAUGGGGCAAAGAACACCAAAAGAAUAUCCUUCAAUGAAGAUCUAACUGUUGUAUGUUAUGAGCAGAUUCCUGUGAGUGUAGGUGAAAGUAGUGAGUCGGAAUGUUUGAAGAUGAAAGAAGAUCAUCAGGAGAUGGAAACUGAAGAAACCCAGAAACAGGAAGAGACUGGAAGUGGAUAUGAUAAUCAAGUAGACCCUGGUGGAAAUAAUGAACAGUUUAGUAUGUUGAAGAGGAAGUGCAAUGACAGUGUCUUAGAAGAUGACUUUGUAAUUCCUUUGAAGGUCAUAAAACCUGAAGCAGAUUUGCUGCUCAUUUCCCAGGAUGGAAAUGAGGGAAAACUUCAAGUGAGCCAGCAUCACAUUGAUGAGAACAAAGCCAAAGAUGAAGCUGACCAAAAAGAAGUAGAAGCUGAUUUUGAUUCCAGUGUGGCAAUCCUGAACAGAGAGUCAGAUUUGGGACAAACAACAAAUGAUAACAGAGUAACAAGUAGCACUUUAGGUUGUCCAUCUGAUAUGGCUAGUGCAGUUGAAGAUAAUUCAAUAACUGUUUCUUUACUUUCAGAUGAUGAUGCUAUCAUCAAUGAUACUCACCAAAGUGGACCGUUCUCAAAUGAUGAAAUGAUUGAUGAUUGUAGAUUUGUAUUGCAAUCAAUUGUAGACAUCAUACAUGUAACUCAUGGGAUGCUGCAGAGUGCCAGUCUGGACAGAAACUCGGAUGACACUUCUGAUGUUGCUGAACAACCACCUACUAAGAAGAUAAAGUUUGCCUCAUCUGACAUCCAGGCUUCCAAAAAUUCACUUUCCUUUACCACCAUUCCAUAUCUACCUAUUGCUGAAGCAAUGGACUCUUCUCCAAACAAUGUACCUCUUGAUGUUGACAAAUCUACUGAAGAUGUGGAACAACUGUAUGUCCCUGAGACUAAAAACACCAAAGCAUGGUUUCAAGAGGCAACAGUAUUGUAUGAUAACUUUACUCUUGACCUAUUGUCAGAUGAGAAGAGUGGCCAAAGUUACAGAUCUCUGCAAGUUUCAUCCGAUUCAACUGAUGAGUCUACAUCUACCCCAGAUGUGAUGGCUAACGAAGAUGUAAAGUGCAUAACUCUCACGGAACAAGCGAAUGUGGCAUCAGAGCUUGGUGAGGAAGUAAAUGUGGUAGAACAUAAUAAAGUUCUAUUAAGUAAUGAUCUCGAAGGAGAAGAUGGCCCAUAUACAUCUACUCUAGAUGUGGAAGAAGCUGACAAUGAUCCAGACAUAUCUAAAGAUGAAACAAAUACCUAUUCACAUGUGCUUGCUCAAGACUUGCAACUGGAUGAGUCAGAAGAAGAGUGUUCAGAACAGCCAGAAUGUCUUGAGAUAGAGCUCCAUGGCACACAAGGAGGUAAUGAUGGCAAUGCACUCUUAUCUUCAUCUGAUGUAGAAGUAGUGAAAUCGCAAGAUGUCUAUGUGGAUGCCAUAGAACCGUCUCUUCAAGAGGACAUCAUGCCUUCUCCAGGAUCAAGUGAUGACGACUUCAGCUGCACCUUCCAGACGGCUUCCCAGGUGCUUGCCAAUAGUCAAGAGAGGAUUUACAGCCAUUCUCUAGGGGAAUUCAGCGGUAUGACAUCUAGAGACCCUGGUUUCAUGGAAAACAGAGAGUUGCAGGUACCGUCUGCAGUCCCUUUUAAUGAAAGUCAAAUGCAAGAUGUGGGUGAGGAUGACUGGAAAACAUUCCGUAAAGGAGAUGAAAGUAUUUCCAAGGUACCAGAGAUAUCUGUACAAGGUCAUCCUGACAGCCAAGAACACCAAAGCACCCAUCAGCAUGUUGGAUGUAAAGCAGAAUAUUCCUCCUUGGAGAUUCCUGACAAUGAUUUCCUUCAGGUUUUGGGACUGUCCCCAAAGCACAAACUGACUGGAGGUGAAGAGAGGAAGUCCUGUGACUUUAGCCCCAGUGAGACCUUUACCUUGCCUUCUCCCUUUCCAUAUAGUUUGCUGAAGGAUAUUGAAGAAACAGAAGAGAUUGAGACAUGCAUUCCGCUGCUACACCCAAUAUUUGGAUAUCUUGAUUGUCCACCAAAGAACAGUUCAAAGCUUGAAUCUUCUCCAAACAUGGAAAUGACACUGGAAUCAGGUAGGGUUCAUGAGAACCUUACACGUUCACCCAUACAGCAUUCUGAGAUGAAACCUGCUGCUGACUUAGAGACAUCUGUUGAUGUAAAGUUGAGCAUCAAAGAGGUAAAUGUCGGCAAUGACCAAACAGUUCCUUCUCUUCAGGCUCCUGGGAAAGAGAACCCUUGCAUUGACCAGCUUCUGGAGUUGGAGGAAUCCAUAUUUUCUGAACAAGAUACCAAGCAGGAAGAUGGUCCAAUAAAACAAAGCAUUCAUGACCAAAAGAAGACUGCAAGUAUCAAAGAUUCUGAAGACAAACCUAUUCCGGAUCACCUCCAGACCUUGGGUCAGACCGCAGCAGGUGUUUUCCUGUGGAGCCAUUCUCUCCCGGAUCCGUCCCUGACACCUCGCUCUCUUACACAGCACCAAAACACCCUUUUGAACACAGCACACAACCAGACGCCUCCCAUCACCCCUGUGCGCCCUCUACCCGUCUGUCAGCGUAAGAGAAGAAUUGGGCUGUCGAGACGCCAGCUCGUGUACCCACUACAUGCAAGAACAUUACCAAGAAAGUAGGAACACACAGCCUUUUUGUUGAACCGAGCUUGGAGUGAUCCCUCCUUGCAGUGAUCCCUCAUGAAGACAAGGCAUUUUUUGUUUUUUUCAAUAUGCCCUCGUAGAACCACUGUCGGUGGUAAGGGGCAUUGUGAGGGCAACAUGCAAGGCAGUUGAGGUAGGCACCCUAGACUGUUGUCUUCAACGUCAUUCAGAUAAUACUUACAAGCUCUGCAUGUAUAAUUAGCAAUUGCUAUCUUUUUCUUUACUAUUUUCAUCCGAUUUGUUAUUGUUAUAUGCAAAUAAGACACAAAAUUAAUUGAUAAAAUAUACAAGAUAAGGAGGCAGGUUCUUUGUUGAUUUCAAUUUCCAAUACAACAAGUAGUAGUACAACUAAUUAUAUCCUUGUAAAGUAUGGAUUGCAACAAAAAAACAGAAGAAAAAGACAAAAAGAGCGUGCAUAGUAUUUCUAAUUGUUUGAGAUACUGAUGUCAUGAUUCAUUUUGCAGUUUAUUUUGUACAAUUCCUUAUCUUCAGAUCUCCAUGCCUCUGAACAGCAUUAGCCCAUGCAAUUUACACUAAAGGAAAGUCUCAAUUAUUGUAUAUUUAUUAUCUAAUAUGUGGAUAACUUAGAUUCUAUCAUUUUAGCCUUGCAGUUUAUAGUACAAAUAACUGCGGCAGAUCAUAAAACUCUCCGGGGGAAACAAAGAUAUGGACAUCUAACUUCCUCCUUUCACAACUACACACAAAGGAGACACCUGCCAGGUUCUAUUGUCGAUAGAAAUAUGAUGGAUCUGUGUUUAAUAUGACAAACAGGAUUGAUUGUUUUUACCCAUUGGUUAUACAGUAUGUUCCUAUAGAUACUAGAACAAGCCUUGGACGGUUUCACAAACAUAGCCAUGAUUAGUAACAACUGCUGUGAAAUUUGCACUUGAUUCGACCUGACCAAUCAGAUUGCACUAUCUGAGUAGCUAGUGACAGUGACUUGUAACUUGCAGUUGUUAAAGGACAAGUCCACCCCAACAAAAACUUGAUUUGAAUAAAACGAGAAAAAUUCAACAAGCAUAACACUGAAAAUUUCAUCAAAAUCUGAUGUCUAAAUCAAAAUCUACCAUAGGCAUCAUAAAUAGGUUAAAAACAUUUAUUCCUGUUACCUCUCUACUAACUCUAUAUUCUUCUCUUAUAUUACCAUAUCUCAACUACGGAAUCCUGGUUUGGGGCAAUACACACAAAAAUUUACUAAACAGAAUAUUACUACUACAAAAAAAAGCUCUUCGUAUCAUUUCAUUUUCACAUCCCCGUUCUCACACUGACCCGCUAUUCCUCGAAUAUAAUUUGUUUAAAAUCCAAGACUUGUAUUUAUUUCAACUAGGACAGUUUAUGUACAACUAUAAAAACGACAUGAUUCCCUCCAUAUUCCACGAUAUGUUUCUUCAAAAUAACAGUUAUCAUACAUAUCCUACCAGACAUGGCGAUCACUUUCAUCUACCAAUGCUAAGAACUAUUUUUGCUCAAAGUACUUUCAUUUUUACAGCCCCAAAAUUUUGGAACUCUCUCCACAAUGAUAUUCAACAGGCCCCCUCCAUUAACUCCUUUAAGAGAAAAUUAAAAGUAUUUUUGUUAGUAUCCUACAAACGAAGUUGAUUUGUUUGUAGGUCCUGAUUGUCUUGUAUCCAUCUUGUAUUUAACACUAAAUUUUCCUUUAUCACCCGGGUAUCAAUCCCAAAUCUGUGUUUUCAUGCUAGCGCUCUCGUUGAUCCAUGUUCAAAUUUUGUUCUCCCCCCUCUCUCUCUCUCCCUCUCCCUCUAUCGGUCAGCCUAAUUCUUU